AAGCGGCCAAGCGCGGAGAUUAACAUGAGUUAAAAUUAGAUACGGAGUGACAAAAUAUUUCUGGUACACGUACGUCGUUAACAGGAAUGUUUUCAUAAAUAACACCGUAUAUUUUGUAGAUAAUUUACCAUACUCAAUGUUAUCAGUGAUUUUGACCAUGAAUGCAGUUAAAAGUGACUUCAAAAACCUCGAAUAUAGUUGCAGUGAAACAUCAAAUUUGUCCAGUUCCUCAGAUAGCUCGGACACUCCGUUGAAAAGAUUCAACCGACUCGUGCGCAAGUCGGUAGCGCGCUGGGCGUACUUCCGUCGCAAGCCUCGGCCGUGGAUCCGCGGCCGCUCCGUCUCUGACACCGGCCUUUGCGACAUCGCACAUCAUGAAUCCAAUUAUUUGGACCUUGGACACGGAAAGCAUCGAUCGCUGCUGGUUCUGGAUGGGACAGGUCGUUAUGGUGUACCCUCUUUAUGUAUAACGUGA